AUGCACUCUUCAAGCUUCUUCGCCCUCGCGCUCGCCAUCUGCGGUGGUGUGGUCGCCGUGGCCGUCCCGUCUAACACAGCCCGGACCCCGCCGACUCCGGUUGAGUUUGCGGCUGCCGGUAAUACGCCGGACUGCGCCUCGAUCGAGGAGUACUGCAAGUGCAAGGACGACGAUUUCCAAUGCGAGACCAACUCGAGUUGUGAAUGGUGUCGUGAUCACAACGCUUGGGGCGACGAGGGCCCAACGUCAUCGUCGAAGGCUUAA